CGCAAACAAAAAUCAAUACAAUAUAAAUACGCACUGGACAGCAUUUGCAUACGGCAGCAAAUUGGAACUGAGUAAAAUAAACAGUCCACCUCGGAUCAGCAGUCGACGCGAGACUAUCCGCAGUUCGGCGGCGACUAUCACAACGUGCAGCUGCAGGUGGCCGCCGUUGCCGCCAGCUCCAAAAUGUAUCACAGCAGCAGCGCCGCAGCCGCUGCCGCCUACACAGAUUUGGCUGCAGCUGGCGGCGCGGCCAGCGUCUCAGGCUAUCAUCACCAGCAGGCAGUGAAUCCCGUCUAUGUGCCCUCCAAUCGCCAGUACAACCAUGUGGCGGCGCAUUUUGGCAGCGCGGCUGCUGCACAGAAUGCUUGGACUACGGAUGGCUUUGGCACCCAUGGGCAGUUGCAGGCCCAGUUCUAUACACAAAACGCGGCAGUGAUGAUGGCGCCUUGGCGCAGCGCCUAUGACCCCACGGGAUUCCAACGCUCCUCGCCCUAUGAGAGCGCAAUGGACUUUCAGUUUGGCGAGGGACGCGAGUGCGUCAACUGUGGCGCCAUUUCCACACCGCUCUGGCGACGCGAUGGCACCGGCCACUAUCUGUGCAAUGCUUGCGGAUUGUAUCACAAGAUGAACGGCAUGAAUCGGCCGCUGAUCAAGCCCAGCAAGCGACUGGUGAGUGCAACUGCCACGCGGCGCAUGGGACUGUGUUGCACCAACUGUGGGACGCGCACUACGACGCUCUGGCGACGCAACAACGAUGGUGAGCCGGUGUGCAAUGCUUGUGGUCUCUACUUUAAGCUGCAUGGCGUCAAUCGACCGCUGGCCAUGCGCAAGGACGGAAUUCAAACCCGCAAGCGCAAGCCCAAGAAAACGGGCAGCGGCGCCACAAGCGGCACCAGUGGCAACAGCAACAGCCUUGAAACCAGCAAGGAAUGCAAAGAGGAGCAUGAUCUCAAGCCAACGCUUAGCUUGGAGCGUCAUAGUCUCAGCAAGCUGCCUACGGAUCUGAAGAGCACUUUGGUCGGCAGCGCAGCCAGCAGUCUGAUGAGCCAGCAUCAUGUGCAGCAGCAGCAGCAGCAACAGCAGCAACAGGCGGCGGCGGCGGCAGCAACACACCAGCAAUGCUUUUCGCACUACGCCCAACAGCAGCAGCAACAGCAUCAGCAACAGCAGCACCAACAGCAACAACAACAGCAGCAGCAAUCGCAGCAUCCCCAGCUUGAUCAUCAGGCGCAGCUGAGUGCGCGGCAGCUGCAUGGCGCCAGCUCACAGCUUUACACACCUAGCAGCAGCUCCGCCGCCUCCGCCUAUACAACGCACAGCAGCAAUGCCGCGGACACGCCCACGCUGAGCAACGGCACGCCCUCGCCGCACUAUCAGCAUCAUCAUUUGCAUGCCGCCGCCGCCGCGAGCAGCUCACAUGGACACCAUGCGGCCGCUGCUCAUCAUCAUCUACAUGCGGCAGCUGCUGCUGCUGCCUACGGCGUCAAAACAGAGGCGAGCGCAACCAACUAUGACUAUGUGAAUAACUGUUACUUUGGCGCUUCGUUUGGUGCGCUUGGUGGUGCUGCGUCCUCUGCCAUGGCCAGUGGGGCAGCUAGCGAGCUGGCCGGCUACCAUCAUCAGCACAAUGUCAUCCAAGCCGCCAAGCUGAUGGCCACAUCCUGAGCAGUUCAUCAGUAGAGGCGCCUCGGGCACUGUGAUCUCUAAACCACGACACACACAGCAUUGAAACUCUGUUGGACAUGAAUUGAAAAGACUUUUGCAUUAGUUUCUAGUUUCCGAUAAGUUCCACCUACACUACACUGUAAAUAACUUUCAACCGCGCACAACAAUUUGUACAAACUUAUUUUCCAUUGCUUGAUCUGUUUUCUUGCUCGCCAUAGUUCUAGUUUACACCAUCUAUCAGUUAGCCCAAGUUCUCCAAUUAGCAUUAAAAUUCAUAAUUCAUAAAAUA